AUGAGCUCUGGCUUGGGUUGUGAAAGGUGUUCGAACAACGAAGAAUGGCGAAUAAACUAUACGCAACAGUUGGAAACGGUGGUGGCGGAUGGGAUGUCUAUAUUCGAGACGCAGACGAAAGAACGAUUCGAGAAUUUGUGUAAAGUCGAAGCCGAAAAGCACAAAGCGGAGAUUGUCAUUUGGGAGAGCAGAUGUCACGAUUUGGAAGAUGAACUUCAGAAAAGACACGAAAGAAACCAAGAUUUGCUAUUCGAUGCGCAGCACAAAAAUAUGGAAUUCGCGGAAGAGAUCAAGAAGAUGUUGGAAGAGUCCAAGGAGAGCGAACGAUUCUUGAAGCAGAAAAUCAGUUAUUUGGAGGAGAAACUCGAGCAACCUGCACUGCAAAAAUCACAGUAUGCUGCACAACUCGACUCUGAAAUUAAAACUUAUAAGAAGAAUUUCGAAGCUGAAAUGUACACUGUCAAGUAUGAGAAUGAGAAGUUAAAGGAAGAGAUCAUAAAGAUUUCGGAUAACUCGGAGAAGAAUGAGGAAGUCAUGAUGCAAGAAAUUGAUUCUUUGACGGAAAAGCUGGAGAAAGCAAAACACGACUUUCGCGUCCAGGAAGUCACCGCCGAUCGCAUGAUUCGCGAGAACCAACAAUUCGAGGAAAUUGAGGUCCCCAAAUUGCAAACUGAAAUUAAAAAGCUGAAAAAGGAGGUCAAACGGCUGAAUGACGAGUGGAUAAAGUCAACACUGGCACUUGCUGAUAAGAAGAAUCUUCCGAAACAAACGGUUGAAGAAGUUCAGAAACAAACCAUAGAGAAAUGUCAAGAAAGUAUGAAGUUGCAAGUUGAACAAUACUUGAAACAAAUCUCGGAUCUCAAGAAUCAGCUGGAUACGACUGAAAAAAAGUUUAAAGCACAGACGAUUGCUAAAAAGUAUGAGCAUGACGUGAUGGAGAGGGAGAUGAAGGAUAUGGAGUCUCAACUUGAACAAGAGAAACGUGCCUCCGAUAAGGAUCUGUCCGAACAUUUCAAACGAAUCAAGGAGCUGAAAGAGGAGAUGCGAGAACAGGAAACGUUGUUAUCGGCGACACGACGAGAGAAUGAAACUUACCAGAACAUAAUUCAUUCCUUGCAACAAGAACUUCAAGACAAGGAGGCGUCUGUCAACAGAAUCAAAGAAGAUUUUCAAGAACAAAUUAUUUUUCAGCAAUCUCUCACUUCGCAAAAGCAUGUAGAAAUAGAGAACCUCAAUCGGGAGAAUGCAAAACGAUUGGAAAUUAUUGCUGAUCUGAAAGCGAAACUGAAAAAUACCGAUGAUGUACAUUAUGUAAAUAGAAAAUUUGAUAAACAGACACCAAAGGCAGAACCGCCGAGCUUGCCAGAUUUCGAGAUGCACGAAGAAAGAAAUUCCGAACAAAAUGAUGACGCAAACGAUGUCGAGAUGAAUGAAUUGAUAGAAGAAAACGUUCCAGUGAAACAAAAUCUCGAACUCGACGAUUUCGAGAAACUCAAAAAGGAGAAUGCUGAAAAUGUGUCUAUUAUUAACACUCUUCGAACACAAUUUCUCGUUGAUAAUCAUCAGUUCGAGAAGGAAAUUCAGUCUCAUCAGGACGAGAUUGAGCAGCUCAAGAGCCAGUUGGAGGGUGUUGAUUCGUUGAAACAAGAGCUGCGUGAGUGUAAAACGAAACUGCAGCAGCAAACCGACGAAAUGGAACGCAUUUCGAAGGAAAGAGAGCAAUUGAAUGAAGAAAACGAGAUGAAUGUUCGAGCAGUUCUGAAUAUGCAAAACAAGUUGAAAGAAGCGGAAGUCAAUAUUGAGAGGCUGAAGUUAGAUAUUAUUGAGCUGGAGCAACCAACACAACAAAAGAAAGCCGAUUCUGAGAAGCUCGAGACAUUAUCCGGCACCAUUCAAGAUCUUCAAACGCAGUUAAAGGAGCAAGAAGGUGUCAUCGCAGAGUUGAGAGAGAAGAUUGCUCUUCAAGAAGAGCUUGCCGCGCAAGCGAAGGUCGAUUUCGAAAAAGUUAAAAGAGAGCGUGCAGAGUACUAUGUUCAAACAAUUUGUGAUCUUGAAAAUGAGUUGAGAACGAAGGAUGAGGAACACGCAGCCGCUCUCAGAGAUUUGACCGAGAAGCCGGUCAGAAGUUCUCGAAAUGAUCUGAAAAUGCUCAGAGAAGAGAAUGAGAAUCAUCUGAAGACAAUUCAGAUGCUCCAAGGGCAAUUGAAGAAGAAUUUUGAGGCUUCUGAUCUCGCUAUGAAAGAAUUAAGGGAACAGAUGGUGACUCAGCAAAAACUCGAUUCCCAGAAGCAAAUGGAGAACGAAGAAUACCUUCAAAUACUGAAAGUUCAAAUGAAGGAAGACGAGGAUUCUGCCAGUGCUCUGAUUAGACAGUUGCAAGGACAACUCAUCGCUGCAGAAGAUUCAGAAUGCCGACGACUUCAGGAUAUUCAGCAAUUGAAACAAGAGAACUCACUUCAGCUCGAGACGAUUCGUGCUCUCGAUCAAAAAUUGCUGGAGAAAAGUGUGGCGGAUAUGGCUGAGAAUAACAGUGAAGCGCUUAAAUUAGGAUACGAGCAUCUUCUGAAAGUGACUCAAAAUCUGCAAGAGAAAAUCAUAACCAAAGAGGCAAAUGCCAACACGACGAUUCAUGAGUUGCAGCAGCAGAUUCAUGCUCAACAAAAUCUCAUAGUUCAAACCGCAGAAGAAAUGGGAAAUCUCAAGAAGGAGAAUGCAAGUUUCACGAAGAAUAUUCUGGAUUUGCAAAUGAAACUUGAGCAAUCUGAAGCGGCGGAUAAAGGAGACAUUGAUGAUAGAAUAGUUGUCGAGUUAAGAGAGCAAAUUCAAGUUCAACAAUCGCAGAUAUCUGAAAAGGACUCCGACAAUGAGAAACUUUCGAAUCAAGUGACACACUAUUUGGAUACGAUUCAUUGUCUUCAGGAGAGAAUCACUAAUGAUAAGACGAACUCAGAAGGCGUCAUUCGGGAUCUGGAGGAGAAAAUUGUUAAUCAGCAAAAACAGGCUGAAGAUUUGGAAAGAUCGAGAAACGAGAAUUCACGUGAACUGGAUAAUAUACCGAGUCUUUCAGAUGAGAACACUGAAAAAACAGAGAGAGAAGAGCUCGAAAGAAUAGUUGAGGAUCACAGAGAACAGAUCGGACGAUUGAUGCAUCAGCUGGAAAAUGCUGGAGCAACAAUCAAUCAACUUCGCCAGGAGAUUGAAGAGAUUCAGCAGCGAUUUCGUCAAGAGAUUCUGGCCAGUCAGUUUCUCAAUGACGAACAUUUACGUCAACUGUCAGAGAAGAAUGCUGAAAUUGAGGCCUUGAAAAACCACAUGGGAGAGAACGCACGACUUCUGAAAUCUCUUCAAACUUUAGAGAAAGAACUCUCGGAAUUGACAAUUGCGGAUAGUAAGCGGAAGGAGCAGAUUCAAAUGCAGCAAGCAGAGAUUUCUCGAAAAGAAUCGGAAAAAAAUCAGCUCUGGAGUAGAAUUAAUCAGCAUACGAAUACCAUCGAAAAUCUUGAAAAUUCUCUGAUAUCAAUCCGCGGAGAAGCUGAAGCGACAAUCGCUCAAUUGCGUUGUGAAUGUGCUCAAAAAGAGCGACGUCUUCUCAGUGAGAUCAAAUCAUUGGCUGAUCAAUUGGUCGCAUCUGAUAAAUGGGCGGGAGAGCUAGAAGAAGACUUGAAUGACACCAUUCGGGCGUUGGAAGCAAGACUCAAAACCGUAAUUACUCAGAACUCGAAUUCGACGGCUGUUUUAGCCCACACGGAUGACAAAAUUUGGGCGUUGGAAACGAAGUUGAAUAAUUCGAACAACGACGUGAAGCGUCUGACGAAUGAUUUGGUUAAAGCUAAAUCCUGGGUCAGCGAGUUGAAGAUCCAACACGAGGAGCAAGUUAAAAUGAUGCAGGAUCAAAUUCAGAAGCUUGGUGGAGCAUCGAUGAAUGAAGAGGAAAUGGUGAAGCAUGAGUUGGCCGCUGAGAAAUGUUAA